CAAACUGCCAAAGUGCUCUGCCACGCAGGAAAACAAGGAAAUAACCUUUGGAUGGAGGGAAAGGGGGUUGCGUCUCUGCGGAGCGUUUGUGGGACGAGGCUGCAAUUAGACAGUUCUGUUGGAGCUGAGCCGUUUUUUUUUUUCCACGGUCCGAAUUAGAACCGCUCAGGUGCACUGGCGGGGGCAAUUGCCGAACCAAAGUGUUAAAGUAUUUAAUUGAUUAAGCCGAUCUUUUUGUGUCAGAGCACAAAAGCCUUGUCUGCUCCAUCUAGAACGCACCGCCCAUUGGGCUUUCUGCGGAGCGAUAGAGAGGGAGAUUGAUUAGAGUCUCCGGGAUUUACCGUGGAAAAAGCCAGAGCCUGCUCCGCUGUCGGACUGUGAUUUGCUCUCCCAUCAGUGAAUGGGAAAUUAGCAAGGACUUAUUCCAGUCUGACUCCACACCGCCUGCACUUUCGGAUACCCACCUCUCUCUCCUGCUCUCCUGCACACGUUUUAGCCUCCUGUCCUUUGAUCAGGUAUCCAAAUAGGCGCAAGUCACGCCUGGACUUCUUUUGCUCAUUUUUUUUUUUCUACCGAGGAGGAGUGUGGAUCGCCUCCGCAGUCUCGGAUGCGUAGUAAACGGGGAGUGGGUUGGGUCGCCGAGGCGCUGCCGUACGCACACGUCGCCAGCGAUAAAAGCAAAAAUAGGUGAAGCCGAGAGGAGAGGAAGCGACACCCCGAGGCUUUUCAUUCCAAACGGGAGAGCAUAUCGGAGGGGUGAAGCCGCUUCCCCCGGAGAAAGCCUACCGGGGCUCACCGGCUGUGGUGGAUUUGACUCUCAAGACGACCUCCGGCUGCGUUUUUUUUAUUAGAUUUUUUUAAACAUUUUAUUUCUGUGGCGCCGGGGAUUCGGAGAUCUUCUGAUUCGGGGCCAGCGGUUGAUCACACAGUUGGACACCUCCUCGUCUAUAUAUAAAAAAGAGGAUAUUGGGGAAGUGGAUCUGCGGAGCAACACACACAAUGGCAACCGGUGCGCUCCUGCUCGUCUGUGCGCUGCUUGCCGGUGUGGCUGUGGCUCAGAGAGUGGUAAUGGUGCAGAGUGGACCGCUGAUUCGGACUGAGGGCUCCCAUGUGACCAUCUGGUGCAACGUGACGGGCUACAAGGAAGGCGUGGAGCAGGACUUUGAGUGGUCCAUGUACCUGCCAUCAGCACCGGAUCGGGAGAUCCGCAUUGUGAGCACGGCUGAGUCAAACUAUGCCUACGCUGUCUAUGCCCAGAGAGUGAAUAGUAAAGAGAUCUUUGUGGAGAGGCUGAGCCGUGACUCAGCUGUGCUCCACAUCACCAAAGUGCAGGCCAAGGACCAGGGUCUGUUUGAGUGUUACACGCCAAACACUGAUGGACGGUACCUGGGAUCCUACAGUGCACGCACCAACCUCACUGUCAUCGCUGACUCGUUGACGGUGACAGCUCCAGCUCAGACUCUGUCCAAAGUGGAGGGCGACACGUUACAGCUUACCUGCGAGGUGUCUCGGACCACGAUUCACCACACUCACCUGUCGGUCGGUUGGUACCUGCGGUCCCCAGAGGAUGCGACCGCUGCACCUCAGGAGUUGGUCACUUUGUCAAGGGACUUUGUUUUGCGCUCUGGGGGACCAUAUCGGCAGAGGAUGGCAGCGGGGGACCUCAGGCUGGACAAAACCAGCGCUACAGCCUACAGGCUAACCAUUCACAAGCUGCAGCCAGUCGACCAGGGACUGCUCUACUGCCAGGCUGCUGAGUGGAUUCAGGACCCAGACGGAAGCUGGUUCGCCAUGACCCGCAAGCAGAGCGACAAGACUCAGCUCCGUAUUCAGCCUACUGACCGGGACUUCAGCAUCCAGGUGAGCACGGAGCGACGGUCCUUCACGGCCGGUGAGCCGCUGGAGCUUCGCUGCACCAUUGAGGCGCAGAAUGUCCCCGAGCGUUUCUUCUCGGUGUCGUGGGUCUUCAGCAGCUCACCGGUGGCCGUGGUGGGCCCCAGUGCCGUGCCUGUCCUGGGCCCCGAUUAUAUUGCCCGUGAAGCGGCUGGCCACAUGACCGUGCGCAAGGAGAGCGCCAACGUGCACCUGCUCAAACUGCAGCACUUGCGCGCCGAAGAUGCCGGGAAGUAUAUCUGUCGCGUCACGGAGCGGGAGAAGACACCCACGGGAGACUUCAUAGACCGCAGCAAGAGGUCGCGCAAUGUCCAAAUCACAGUCCAGUCACUCAAGAGCAACAUUACAGUGUCACUGACCAGUAACUCCUCAGAGGUCCUGGAGGGUGACGUGAUCCAGUUGACCUGCUCGGUCCACUCCGUCACAGGCCCCCUGUCUGUUGUCUGGCAGUGGGUAGACAAGGAAGCAGCCGUAACAAUCCAGGAAGUGGCUUCUGUGGAUCGGGACGGCACUGUGUGGCACAGCCCCACCUACAGAGAGCGCGCCAGUUAUGGGGAGAUCCGUGUGGAGAAGCUGCGAGCCGACGCGUUUUCUCUGUCCGUGUACAAUGCUUUACCCGGGGAUGAGGGCCAGUACCGCUGCAUCGCCACUGAGUGGCUUCAGACUGGCACUGAACCGGAGCUAAACUGGGAGAAGAUAGGAGAGAAGUCAGCCACCAAGACAGUCACCGUCAAGACUGUUGAAUCCUCCUUCAUGGUGUCGGCCUCAUCGCGGACACCGUCAAUAACCUUCGGAGACUCCUUCGACCUCCUGUGCCUGGUCAAGCCUCGUCACAACCCUCGUGUUCCCACUUCUGUCACUUGGCGCUUCAUGCCGGCUGGCAAAGAGGUCGGCGACGAGGAUCAAGGAGAGUUCAGAGACCUGGUGACCUUCACCCGAGAAGGAACGCUGCAGUGGGGGGAGCAGUUGUUGGGGCUGGGAACCCGCACCACAGUGGACCGCUCACACUCCAACACAAACUUCCGUCUGUCGGUGACCCGGGCAGGGCGGCGUGAGGCGGGCAAGUACCAGUGCACCGCUGUCCUGUGGAGGAGGAACUAUGACAACAGCUGGAGCAGAGUGGCCAAUCGCACUUCCAACCUGCUCGGCAUCAGCGUCCUGCAGCCAGAGAGUAAGCUCAAAAUGCAAAAGAACAACCAAUCUCAUGUGUACCUGGAGGACAGCCGUGUCAGGAUCAAUUGCUCCAUCGCCUCCCAGACCAGCGUGGACUCCCAGCAUGCAGUGCUUUGGUACGUGAGACAUGCAACGGGGUCAGAAGCUGAUGAGCUUCUGCUGAGGAUCGAACGCUCGGGGGCCUUUGAGUACGGUGCCUAUGCAGACGAAGAGAGACUGAGACGGCGUGUGCAGGCCGAGAGGUUGUCACCCCGUCUCUACGUGCUGACGCUGAACAGGGCAGAGAGCAGCGAUUCUGGAACCUACUACUGCUUGGUGGAGGAGUGGCUGAGUGACCCGGAUGGGGCCUGGUAUCGAAUCUCCCGGGAGUCUUCAGGAUUCACGCAGGUUCUGGUCCGACAGCCAGAAGUUCGACUGCAAGUAGAAGAACUGGAGUCGAAUGUGACUGUGGAAGAAUCCAGUUCAAUCCGACUGGGCUGCAGCAUCCCUUCACAGUCUUCCCGAGACUCUCGCUUCUCCGUGUCCUGGUACGUGGAGCGCUCUGAAGACGAGGACAAUGAGGAGCAGCCCGGGGACGAGGAGAGAGAGCGGGAGUGUGUCUUCUCCAUCGGCCAUGAUGCAGUUUUUGGAAACGGAAACUGCAGCCCCAGAGAAGAAGCGGGGCCUAAUUCCCGUUUACAGUUUGAGAGGAUGACCUCUGACCAGUACAGUCUGACGAUCCAGGGAGCCCGGCCAACAGACGCAGGCCGGUACUACUGCCAUGUGGAGGAGUGGCUGCUCAACCCCCGCAACGCAUGGUAUCGCCUGGCCACAAACAAUUCUGGGUUCACUAUUGUCAACGUACUGCAACAAGUGUCUACGCUCCAGUCGGUGGUGUGCUCCAAUGACUCCCUCUUCUACUUUGUCUUCUUUUACCCCUUCCCCAUCUUCGGCAUCCUCCUCAUCGCCGUGCUGCUGGUGCGCUACAAGAGCCGCAACAACAGCAAGAGCCAAGAAGGCAAGAAUGGCGCCCCCCUCCUGUGGAUUAAAGAGCCUCACCUCAGCUACUCGCCCACCUGUCUGGACCCGCCAGCGCUCAGCCUGCACCCCGGCUCUGUUGACUAAGCGAGGGGUGCUCACCUCCUGCCUCGCGCACUUCAUGGAUUCAGCCAACACAAUGCCAGGGAGCAGAUCUGGACUCCACCUUCAGACCUUACUGUCAUUCACUGCUGUGUUGAAUUAGUCAAUCAGUUGAUCAGUUUAAUAAUUCCUACCCUGGUGGCUGUCUGUUUUAUGUUAGCAACUGUGUGUGUGUGUGUGUGUGUGUGUGUGUGUGUGUGUGUAUGUAUGUGUGUGUAUGUGUGUGUAUGUGUGGGUGGGUGUUUGGACGAGAAUGGGUGUACUAUGUUGGCGCGGUUAUUUGUCCGAGUGCGAACGGAAGGGCAAGAGAGCAUCACGAGUCUCUCUUGUGUUUGUUUUCUGUGAAACUUUAUCUCAUAGCUGCAUUCUGAUUUUUAUUACUCUAAAUAUUUGUCUAUUUUUCAAAAGAGGAAAACAAACCUGUACACAUGAGAUCACUGGCCAACCUGGGAAGAACAUUUAAGAGAAGGAACUCUAUAAUCAACUCUGGCACUAAGUGGAUGCCAAAAAAAAAAAAGUCUCCGCACUGAUCCAAGAGCAGCCACAGCCUUGCCCACUAUGUUGGUUGCCAUAGUGAUGCUCUGUGCCCACGGACUUUGUAGCUGCUGACUUGGUUGCCAGGCUGCAUGGAGACAAAGGCUAGGACACACAAGUCUGUGUCCUAAGUGAGGAUGUGUGUAUGUGUGUUGGCCCACCUGCCUUCACAAUGAAUUUGCCUUGGCAGACAGAAACAGGUCCUGGUGUGCCACUUAAACACUGCCAGACACUCUGGCCUUAGUGAGAGACUGUCCUGCUCUUCUCUUCUAUCCUCCUCCUCUCUGAGAGAGACUGCGGGAGAAAGAGAGGGAGGCCUGAAAUUAUGGAGAAUAAAUGAACAGCUCUCUCCUGCUGAGGAUAUAUGUACUUUAACACAAGUGGUUCCUUCCAGUGCCAAGUCCUCCUUAUUUCCAGCUAAUGUUGAAGUUUUAAAGGGAGGGGGGGAGCAGAUUGGUUCGAAGGCACUUUGUAAAUAUGUCUUCUUACCUCCUGCUGUGGAUUUAUGGGCUUUGUUGGCAAAAAAAGGGCAGUUUCUACACUUACGUUAAAUCAGUGGAAUUGUCCUGGUUAAAUUACUCACCCCGAGUUACUGACUGAAAACAAAUCCUUGCACAUUUCUUUAUGUUGCCCAGUAUGAUCACUCCGUCCUGUCUUUAAAAGAUAUCAGAUGCAUACUAGUUUUUAAAAAAAAGGCUUUUGAUGUAGGAGCGACACUGAACAUUAUUCAUGUGUAGAUGUAUAUCAUAAACACUAAUAAUGUUAUCUGCACAUUAUAAGACAACCAACUGAUGAGGACCGACGUGUGACUUUUGUGUUUAUUUUAAAAGGUUUUCUAUUUAUUGUUUUAUACUAUUUUGCAUAGCUUUGUAAGAUUUUGUUUUUGCUUUGAAAUUCUCUAAAAACUGUGCUGCUUGUGUUGCCAGGCAACUGCACCAAGCACAUUAUGUCAAUAGCCUGUGUGUUGACAGUGUGGUAGAAGUAGAAAUGCUAGAUUUGUCCUGCGCACUGCAGUCUGUAGCAUUUCAUACCAGGUUGUCAGGUUUGGUCAGUGUCAAAACACUGUAUAUCUAUACUUAUAAUGAAAUCUCCUGUGGCUUUAAAUGUACAAUAGUUGAACAGACAAGUCACAAAAAUUGAUUCACUUAAUGCUUUUUGCUUGAGUCGCGUUUAUUUAGUGAAAUGUGAUGUAACACCUAGGUAGGAUGUAUGAUCAAAGACGACUGAAACUGAACUGUUCAAAUGUCUUCAAAUCACGGAUUCUGGCUGAAGGCGUCCUCCUCAGCUCCCCUGAUGCAAGGCAGAAGGGUUGAAAACCCGUGUCACCUUCUCUGGAAUGCAACAGCCAGCGGAGGUGUGAAAUCAUCUGUUUGACGUGGGCCUAACCCUUUCACUGCCAGACUGGACAUGAGAACUCUUGAAAAAACUUCGACGGUGUUGUCUCAGUCGUGUCGACAUGUAUAUUGCAUGACAAUAUUGCGGGAGGAAUUUUGAUGUUUUGUAAACUUUGAACUCUUUGAGCAUUGUGUUCGUGUGAUGGAGCAGAGAUCCCCCCCCCCCCAAACCACUCUCACACCCCCACCCCCGACCUGCUGAGCCAAGAGUCAACACAAAGCUCCCCCGUUCCUCCUCAUUUCCAAUAUCUGACUGCCAGCUCCCGAUGCCCUAUGAACCUGUGAAGUAGUUAAUUUCAAGAAUGGGUGUUGUGGAGAUUGUGUUUGAUAUUAUUGCUCAUAUUUGUCUUUUUAAUGCUUUGCUUUUAUGCAGCACUUCAUUAAACAGAUUUAUGUCAAAAAAAAGA